AUGCCUCGACCGUCGAGGGACACUUACGGCGACCAAAAGCCACCCUAUUCUUACAUCUCGUUGACCGCGAUGGCCAUCUGGUCGUCGAGGGACAAGAUGCUGCCUCUGGCCGAGAUCUACAAGUUCAUCGCUGAUCGGUUCCCCUAUUAUCGCAAGGACACACGCAGAUGGCAGAAUUCUCUCAGGCACAACUUGUCUUUCAACGAUUGCUUCAUCAAGGUACCACGGGGUCCCCAUCGUCCCGGGAAAGGCGCUUAUUGGGCGCUGCAUCCAGCGGCCCUCUCGAUGUUCGAGAACGGCUCGCUCCUGCGACGUCGGAAGCGUUUCAAGCUCCACAAACCCGACAAAGAGCUUCUAAAAUCCGAACUGCAGGCCCUGGCUUCCGCGAUGCCGCCUCCCCACUCGGAAUCGUCCCCGGUACUGUCGAUAAACCCGAGCGUCCAGACGAGCAGCCUGACCGUCGCGAAUCUGCACCGUCUCCGGGACGAUCUGCUGCGAUGGGAACUCCAGGAGCGCCGUUUAACCAUGGCUUCCGGCGGCAACAACACGCUGGGGUUCCCCGCGCCGGAAGCAGGCUCCAGUUACUACCUUCUGUCGCCAGAGGUCAGGCAGAGACUCGCCGGUACCGACGAGAUCCUACGCGGCUACGAGAGCAACCUUCUGCAGACGAGGAACUGGAGUUUCCCCGGGUUCCAGGUCUCGCCGUACGUUUCCCAGCUGUCGUACUUCCAGACGGAGAUCCCCGAGGGCAGGCAGCUCUGUUCCGGCGCCACGGAGACCGGCGUCGCGGAGAAGACCGAGAGUUCCAGGCCAUUUCUGAACAUCGGCGAGGGUUCAGGCGUGGAGGUGGCUGACGGAAAGAUCGGUUCGUGCGUCGCGUUGGACCCCGGUAUCUCCAGUCAGACGACGGUCCAACCGCAACAGACCAAGAAGAAGAAACCGUUCACCAUCGAGAACAUCAUCGCGCCCGACGACGAGCAGAUCUCCAGGAACCUGGAGGACGGGAAGAGGAGCCAUCUUUUGGUGCCGCGGCCGCUGUACGCCGGCGGUUUUCCGUUCGGUUUGUCCACGACGAAGGUGUCCUACGAGACAGCGACCUGA